AAAUUAAAGAUCGAUAUAUUAAUUCAGAAGAUGAACUACCUGAGAAUUGGUUCGAACCAUCUAAGCUUCAAGAUGAUUUUAAUCGGCAAGAAGUUGUAGAGUCACUUUUAGGAGCUAACAAAAGAUUAGGUGAAAAAAGAGUGUAUGAAAUAGAAAAUGAUAAAAUAUUGGAUGAUACCGUAGAUGAUACCAUGGAUAACAUCAUGGAUAACAAAUUGAAUAAUCAAUUAAGUGAAAGAAUGAACGAAAGGUCGAGCAUAGGAGUAACUGAAAAAGAAAAAUACAGUGAUAAGCAUAAUCUGAUUGAAUUAUCAGAAAACGAAGCUGUUGGUGAAAGUUCACUUGAAGAUGAAGCUGUUAGUGAAAGUUUACCAAAGAUAAAGUCAUUGGAAGAAAUUUUCCUAAAGAUAAAGUUGUUGGUAGAAGGCUAUUUUAAAAUCAAACCAGUACCUUCAACAAAAAUUUCACUAAGAUAUUAA